UAGCCUGCCGUCAAAGAGAACGCGUACGCAUGAAAGAGAAGAGGUUCUUUUUAUAUGAGGAUGCCUGAAAUCAUGGCAGAGACAUUUGUGAGAGGGCUGGUGGACAAGAUAAUGGUAGAAGUUCUGAACGUCAUAGUCACCAUGCAGAACGGAAAACCCUGGGAACAGCGAGUCGACGAGGAAACAGGCGACGGCCAGUCGGAGCUCGUGCAUGGGAGAUCACAGGCACACGUACAGGUGAACUAUAGCAAAGCCGACGAAAUGGAGCUGAUCGCAAAGAUAGUUCGCGAUCUGCGAGACGUACAGAUCGGAGAUUCGUGUUACGUACUGCCACCUCCAUUGUUGGCGUUGGAGAAACAGGUGAAAAACACCGCGGGCAACAUCGAGGACGCACCGGGCGCGACUGACGCGAUCGAGACGCGCACGACUCAGGGUCAAGGCGACACGCACACGAGCGAGCAGACGGAAACCGUCCGGAAGGAGAAGGAAGAAGGAGAAGCGGCCAACGUGUCCAUCGGCCUACUGCACCAGCUGAUCGAGGAGUUGCAGAACAAGCAGAUCUCGGCCACGAGCUCGAAAAACGUAGCUUCCUUGACGACGUCGACAUCGAGCGGCGAAGAGCAUAUCUCCAUUUGGGAGGAGGAAGAAGAACAGUUCAUCAGAACGAUCGAGCACCCUGGUAACCCGACUUUCCGAGCGAGCGAAUCGGCUGCUUGCUUCCGCGACGUCGAGCUGCAAUCUCGCGAGGAGCCGACUGCUGAACUGAGGUCUCGCUCGAGCCAGCACGCGGCGUCCACCUCGAGGGAAACCUGCCUCGAGGAGGUUCCGAUCGUGAAGUACGAGUCGAGCCCGCUGUCGAAGUCGCGGCGUGAGAACGCCGCGAUGAUGGAGGAAAUAUUAAUCGUGGACGAUAUCGAGACUCAAAAGGAAGGCGAAGCGACGAUGGCUACGAAUAAGAAGAAGAAGAAGAAGGGCCUCGGUGGGAGGCUGAGGAGGUUCUUCCGCGCUGUAUUCGGCCGGAAAAACUGA